GCCGUCGGGGCAGAGCGCUGCUCCUCUGCAGCCGCCGUGAUGUCAGCCCGCUGCUGCGCAGGCCAGCUGGCAUGCUGCUGUGGCUAUGCCGGGUGUGCCUUGUGCUGCAAAUGCUGCCCCCGGAUCCGGCAAUCCAGGAGCACUCGCUGCAUGUACGCACUUUACUUCAUCCUCAUCUCUCUCAUCUGCUGCAUCAUGAUGUCCAGAACGGUAGCCACAGAGAUGAAGAAACAUAUUCCUUUUUAUGAAGACAUCUGUAAAGGCAUUAAAGCAGGGGACACUUGUGAGAAGCUAGUGGGCUACUCUGCGGUGUACAGAGUGUGUUUUGGAAUGGCCUGUUUCUUCUUCAUCUUCUGCUUAUUUACAAUCAAGAUUAACAACAGUAAGAGUUGCCGGGCCUACAUUCACAAUGGAUUCUGGUUCAUUAAACUUUUACUGUUGGUGGCCAUGUGCUCAGGAGCAUUCUUCAUCCCAGACCAGGACACAUUUCUGAAAGCAUGGCGCUAUGUGGGGGCCAUUGGAGCAUUUGUCUUUAUAGGAAUUCAGCUCAUCCUACUUGUGGAGUUUGCACAUAAAUGGAAUAAAAACUGGACUGCGGGCACAGUUCGUAAUAAAAUGUGGUAUGCCUUCCUCGCCCUGGUGACUCUUCUCAUGUACACGAUUGCCGUGGGGGGCCUGAUAUUGAUGGCCUGGUUUUACACACGUGAGGAAGGCUGCUUGCAGAACAAGAUUUUCGUUGGUGUCAAUGGAGGCCUCUGCCUGCUUAUUUCACUGGUAGCCAUCUCACCCUGUGUACAAAAUCGGCAGCCUCACUCCGGGUUACUGCAAUCUGGCCUCAUUAGCUGUUACGUCACAUAUCUCACCUUCUCAGCUCUCUCCAGCAAACCUGUGGAGACAAUUUUGGAUAAAAAUCAGAAGAACAUAACAAUUUGUUCGCCUAACUUCGGCCAGGAGCUCUAUAGAGAUGAAACUCUGGUCACGGGCCUGGGUACCACACUCCUGUUUGCUUGCAUCUUAUACUCUUGUCUGACCUCAACAACCCGGUCCAGUUCAGAGGCUCUUAGGGGAAGAUACGCCGCUCCUGAACAAGAGGUAGCUCGUUGCUGUUUCUGCUUAGCUCCUGAUGGAGAAGAUGUUGAGGAGCCUGAUGAUCGGAGGGGAGGACAGCAAGUCAUCUACGAUGAAAAGAAAGGCACUGUCUACAGCUAUACUUACUUUCAUUUUGUCUUCUUCUUGGCCUCCCUUUAUGUGAUGAUGACAGUCACCAACUGGUUCAACUAUGAAGGUGCUCACAUUGAAAAAUUCUUCAGCGGAAGCACGUCUUUCUUCUGGGUCAAGAUGGCAUCAUGUUGGAUGUGUGUCCUGAUUUAUCUGUGGACCCUCAUAGCUCCUCUCUGCUGCCCUACCAGAGAAUUUUCCGUAUGAGAGAUCUGAGAGCCCUUCUUUUAUCAACAACCGUCAUUCAAUUUGAUCAGUCUGCCAACUAAAAUACUGUAUUUUUUAAAGGUUUUUUUUUUUUAAAGUAAUGAUUAAUGCAAGUAAUGAUUGGACCAGUCCUAAAAAACACCUGUGAAAUUGCCAGCACCAGGUUGGCCCAAAGGGGGUCAGGAAAAGCAAGCAUGCGAUAAGAAUGUUUGGGUUUUAUUGGAUUUCUCCCCUGUGAAAUGAUGAAAGAAACUACCAUUCACCAUGGAAAGCAUAGUUUUAUUUUAAACAAGAAAAAAUUGUUUGGGUCCACGCUGAUCAUACAUAAUAUGUAUUAUACAUAUACUUUUGACUUUCGUGACCUUUUAUAAUAAGAUGGUGCCAUUAAGUUCAAAUUCAACAAAUAUUUCAAGUGCCUACAAUAUGCAGAGCACUAUACUAGGUGCUGGGGUGGGAGUUGUAAAGAUAAGUAAAUCAUGGACCCUGCCUUCAUGAAGCUGGUCAUCUACUAGGUCUCACUUGACACAUGCACAAGUAACUAGUUCUAAUGCAGCUUUCAGAAAGCAGGAUUCUAAAGGGCUUAGUGGGAUGUUGUUUUUGUUUUUUUUUUUUACAUUUGUUUUCAGUUUCUUUUUUUUUUCUUUAGAAAUCUGGCUGGUAAAUCUGAGAGUUGUUAUUCUUUCAGCAGAUUUUUUUUCCCAACUGGAGAUUAAAGGUUCAGCAUAUUUUUGUAGAGGAAGAACAAGUUUCUUUAGUCUGAAAUCUAUAUCCCAUGUACAAAAACAUAUCAAGCAGCCUGAGGGUCAGUCUUUGGCCUUACGUGGAAAGGGGAGUUCUGAACUCUGCACUCGAAACACUAAGAUGGUUUGUGUCCUUUGUUUUUGGGAUGAAGUAUGAAGCAUGGAGUUCUGGCCAUAUUCUUCAUUGUUCCUAACUUCCUAAUAUUUAGGGAUUGAAGGAUGGAGCGCUUACUUUCAAGGCAGUUGAAAUCUAGUGAUUUUAAUCCUUUAAAAAAAUCCCAGAGAUUUUGUUUUAAAUUUUUUUUCAGUCCUGCUUCCCUGUGGGCCUUAAAUGUCUUUCUCUGAACUUGUGAUGCUGGAAAUCACAGGUAUCAUUUACUGUCCUCUUUGUCUCGUCGGGCCCCCUAACCCGUUCUCUGCCACUUCUUUGUGAUAAUGUGAAUAAGCACAAUUUAUUGACAACAUGGUCUCACCUUAUUGUUAUUACUUGAUCAAGGUAUUGCAAUAAUUACAACUGUUAUUUGUAUUGUUGCAUACAUGAUUUCAAGAUAACUAUAAAGUUGUCUUUUUCCAUACCUAAACUAUGGAUAGAUGCUUGGAUAGGGUUUUUUUUUUUAAUUGUAAGUACUUUUAAUAACAAUAUUCUUAAAAGGGCUUAGAUCUCAAAAUUGCUUUUUUGGCUGAAACCUGCUGGGCAUAUGACUCUCUUCUUUCCUCUGUCCUCCCCAACAAAUUUGUUGGUUCUGUGCAUAAGAGGGCUUUGAUUUUGUAGCUUUUGUUAUGUUCCAUAUAUUAUUAGCACCUUUAUUAUUUCUCUGGGAUAUCAUGUCCGAAGAGAACUUUGGGGCCAGAAUCAAAUAGGUCUGUUGUGAAUGUGACCCCUUAGACUCAAGAGAAGGGGAUCCCUGCGUUUUAUGGGAAGGGAUAGUAUUUGUCCAGUUUACAUAAAGCAUCCUAGGGUGUUUCACCAGAUCAGCGCUUUAAAGUACUUCCUGUGAGAAAUUGGAUUUCUGGCCAUUGCACAAGGAAGACCCUUAACUAAAAUCAGCCCAAACAGACAUGAUCUGCUGAGUAACCCUGGGUGCUUCAUGAUGCAGAUGUGAUGGGGGAAAUCUACACUUGGUAUUUCUGGAGUUUCCUAAGCCAUUCUUGGCCUAGAAAUAAGA